ACGUGAUCUAGUCAGUUGACAGGGCAAAACACGGCAGUGGAGCAGAACGACGGGCGACAUGGACCACCACCGGAUCGACAGAGUGGGCCUGCUGUCUCCCCUGGAGGAGUCCAGCGCUGAGAUCAGCAGGGACAGCGGCAUCGUGUCCCAGAGUGCCAGCAGUCUGUCUAUGGUGAGCGAAAUCCUCAGCAGCGGCACCGUGUCGCAGAGCCCCAGCUUCGGAGCCGCGGCUAACGUUAUCCCCCAGAGCCCGAGCCUCAACGAAGUCGCGGAGCCCGGGACGACCGAGCAGCUCGACCCGGAGGAGGACGACGAAGUCCUGAGACACACAGCCUUCGGUUACUCCUCCUACAUCAGGGCGACCGCCGGAGGCGAGAUCUUGUGCUUGGAGAAGAGCUUAGAAGAAAUGCUGACAAGAGUAGAUGAGUUUGUUGGAAUGCUGGAUAUGAUCCGUAACGACACGUCCCAGAUAGUGAAUGAAAACCUACCUCAAAUCCAGCAGAAGUCUGAUGAGAUGAGACAAAUAUAUAGAAGAAUUGAUAAGUUAGAGGCCUUUGUGAAGAUGGUGGGAGCUAAUGUCAGCACAAUGGAGGAGCAGGUCACGCAGGCAGAGGGAGAACUUGGAACACUACCGAGUGCUUUCAAGAAGAUCCUCCGUACAAUGAGUGUUCCAGGAUUCUUAAAUCAGAAACCGGCCAGCCCAAGAAGACCAGCACCGCAUCAGCGUCAAGAGAUACCCAGCGUGUUCCGGACAGAUGAUUAUUUCACAUCGCAGCAGGAACAGUGACACACUAGAACACUGAAAACAAUUUGGAUCUAACCUCAGAGGCCUGUUGGGUGAAGCUGUACAGACAACUUUUACUGCCAUCCUUUCGCAAGAGGAUCUGUUGGUGCAGUGGCCUCAACGAAGCAAUAGUAGCCUUUCUGAACAAGUCACUGGAAGUCGGGUGCUUUGAGACAUUUUUUGGGGGUGUCGUUUUCCUGGCAGCAACAAGCACCGAACUGUAGCAAAAUGAUUUUAAAAGUGCCUAAAUGGGUCUUUCUGUCAAUUUUGUUUUCACCUGUUGUGAAGAAAACUAUGUCAGAUGUUAGAUUAGUGACCAGUCAGGAGGACAGAGUCAUCUCCCUUUUGCCAAUAGGACACUGUAAAGAAGGUACGAUAUGAGAAGCUGUAAAGAUCUUUAGAUGUAAUACAUGAAGACUUAUCCCAGCUCUUUUUAUGAAUUACAUUCCUGUUGGUGUUUGUAAAGACCUGCACGCUGUUAUGACCUGAUCUGUAUUUCUGUAUCUCUCAUCACUGUCCCCAAGCAAUAUUGACCUUAUCCAGCUAAGCAUUUAAUGUCUUCCAUUUCAAAAUAUCCACUUUAUUUCUAGCCUUAUCUCACUGGCUUUGGAUGACAGUCACCUCACUGACAUGGGGCUAAACCUUCAAUAGCACCGUUUAGAGAAAAAAAGCACACUAUAGAGGAGAUGUUUUAGUUUCACAAACCACACUAUCUUACGAAUAAGAGGCUUUGCGCCAGGGAUGAAGCUGUGAUAUAGUUUUUAAACAAUAACUGGAGCAACCUUGGAUCUCAUCCUUGGGAGAAAACUGUACUUUACAGAUGAUGUAACAUGGCUCUCACCCUUCCAACAAGGUUUAGUCAAUAUGGUUGCAGCUAUGAUUGAUUAUUUGAUUAUUUGCCAAAAUAGUUGUUAAAGAUAUUUCAUUGACAUGUUAACUUUGUUUUACAUUUUUAAAGUAAUCAUUAAAAUUUAUUUGAGACAA